AUGGCAUUACCUUUGUUUGGAAUGCACGUCAACAAAUUGGCUGUUGCUGCAGCCUGCAGGUAUUUCAAGAAGGCAGGCAUCGAUUGGUCAAACCACAUACGUUUAGUGAUGCUUAUAGCUAUGAAUAACAUGACCUCAUUUAAAAUCGGAAUUCCUAAUAAAACCGUCGAAGUAGAUGAAACAGUAAUAUGCAAACGCAAAUACGAAAUAGGGCAAACUUUUCAUUAUAUCGAUAAAAUAUUGUUUAUAAAAAAAUUUUUAAUUGCAGGAAAAAGGAACCAAAAGAAAUUUUCAUGUAAACACUGUAACAAGAACUUUACAACUAAACAAAAAUUGCAAAUUCAUGAAAGAGUCCAUACAGGAGAAAAGCCUUACACUUGUGAUGAGUGUAAACAGAAGUUUACACAAAAGGCACACUUAAUUACACACCUCCAAAAACACACUGGAGAAAAGCCUUACUGUUGUGAUGAGUGUAAACAGAAGUUCACAACUAAACAAAGUAUGGAAAAUCAUAAGAAAAUUCAUACAGGAGAAAAGCCUUACACUUGUGACGAGGGUAAACAGAAAUUUACACAAAGGUCCAAUUUAAUUACACACCUCCGAAUCCAUACAGGAGAAAAGCCUUACUCUUGUGACGAGUGUAAACAGAAGUUCACAACUAAACAAAAUAUGGAAACUCAUAAAAAAAUUCAUACAGGAGAAAAGCCCUACAGUUGUGAUGAGUGUGAACAGAGCUUUACAACUAAACAACAUUUGCAAAGGCAUGAAAGAAUCCAUACAGGAGAAAAGCCUUACACUUGUGAUGUGUGUAAACAGAAGUUUACACAAAAGGUAAGCUUAAUUAGACAUCUUUCGAUCCACAAUAGACAAAAGUAACAUUGAACGUUCGAAACCAUGAUCCAAAAAUACAUUAUAAUAUUCACACUUAGAAAUUUUGAAGGAAUAUCAUUUUUAAUUUCUAUCGACGUAGAAUGAUCGAAAGACGUAAGCAAAACUGGUUUUAAAUGAAAAUUUGUUUUUCUAAUUUCUAAGAAGUUUCAACUAAAAAACAUCUCAAUAUUCAUAUUCAAAUGUAGCUCUUUUCGAAUUUUAUAAUUAUAUUUCAAAUGGUAACAGCU